CGCGGGGUUGCCCUUGGUGCGUCCGGGUGGACUCAGGGUGGGUCCGGGCACACCUGGGUGGGUUUGGGGGCACUCUGGUGAUUUUGGGGUGUCUCUGGGGGGGUGUCCCCCCCCUUCUGACCCCCCCUGGUCCCCCAGAUGCCCUGAGGGAGACCCGUAGGUACAACGUGGGGGACAAGGAGGUGCUGGGCACCAGCCCGGCCGCGCUGGAGCACUUCCACAUGAAACUGUUCCGUGCCCAGAGGAACCUCUACCUGGCUGGCUUCGCCCUGCUGCUCUCCUUCCUCCUGAGGCGCCUGGUGACGCUGAUCUCGGCCCAGGCUGCCCUGGGUGCCUCCAGCCAGGCGUUCCGCAAGCAGGCCGAGGGCGCCAGCCAGGCCGCACGGCAGUACCUGGAGGACAACGACGCCCUCAGGAAGGUACAGA